CACAACUUUGACUUCUGCUUUCAGAUCAAAACAAAGCCAAAUUGAUCUCAUUUCUAAUCAAGUCGAAUGCCUAACCGAAGAGCAUGUGAUAGAUGUCACAGACUUAAAGAGGGAUGCAGGUGGGAAGGCGGCUCAACGGCAUGCACUCUCUGUAAACGAUCUAAGUCAUCAUGCACAACUUUACGUGCACCACUGCGCCAAGGUCGACGAGCGAAGACCAAGCCUCUUGGACAGGAUGCUUCUAUUGAUGUAUGGGAGGUUGAGGGUUUUGAGACCAAAUCAAUCAAAACAAGUACCAGUCAAGCGUUGAUCAAGAGCCGAAUGCAACCCUCUCUAUCGGCAAAUACUUCAGUCAGCCAUAUCAACGAAUGGGACAUCCUGUUGGAAACUAUCCCGGACUGCUAUCAGUCUCCAAAAACCAACGAAAACGACUCUUCGACUCCUCAAAGACAGCCUCAGAAAGUAUCCCAAGACAUAUCCAUGGAACAGCCAUUCAAACCCUGGAUCAUCGACCAAUUCGAUGACUUCUACACAAGACACGACUUAUUCAUGUUCGGUCCCACCUUCGCCCGAGAUCUCAGAGUAGCCAUUCAACACGCAUAUACCUGCUCACCUACCCUGCUACACGACAUCCUCAUGGUGAUAUCCCCAGCCGUCGACCGCGCCAAGCAAAAGCCCAGCUCCUGGAACCAAACAGAAAUCAACAGAUGUACGACCUCUAUAGAGAAACUCCGGACAGCACGAAUUACCAGCCUCUACGAUGCCUUAGCCAUCAUGGCUCUCGGACAGAAUUUAGCGGCGUUCAAUCUGCUUACCUAUAACACUGGCGCAAUUUUCAUCAUGCAAUACUCACUCACUUCCAUUCGACCAUGGUACGGACAGCUCUCUAAAGAUCCUUCUAUCGAUACAGUCACCAUAACUCCCGUUUUCUGGGACACAGUGCACUGUCUCCUCAAGCGCGAAAUCCCAAUCAUCAAAUUCUACUCUCGAGAUCCUCACACCGUGGAUCGCAUGGCUGGUUUAUGCACAACUUUGCUACCCAUCCUCUACGACUUGUGUGUAGUAAGCCACACACUCAAACACCAACUCCAAUCUUCCUCUGAGAUUAACACCCAACAUCUCCAGCAUAUCGAGCAAAAGCUCCGCUCAUGGAAACCCACCCCGCCACCGGAUUUCACCACCACAUUCACACCCCACGAAAUCCUCAAGAUGGAAGCCCAAGCCUCAAUGUACAGAACGGCAAGCUUGCUAAUCUGUCAUCGCCUCCUGCAUCCAAUUGGCACGGAGGACGACAUCGCUAUCUCGCACGCAAAUAGUAUCUUGCUUGAUUACGCAAGAUACUCGGCUCUGGUUAGUUUGCAAAUGGUUACGUUUCCGAUUCUACUCGCUGCGUUGGAGGUAGAGGAUGUUGAUGAGGGGAUAUGGAAGAGUAUGCCGUUGCUGGCUGCUGCUCCGACUUGUAUUGGGAAGAUGGGAGCUUUUGUGGAGUAUGUGUGGAUGAGAAGGCUUUCUGGUUGUACGGGGUUUAUUUUUGAUGUUGUUGAUAGUGGACCAGAAUUUAUAGUCGUUCCAUGAGAAGAUUUAUUUGUUGGAAAUGUAUCUAUACGAUAGAUAAGGUCAAAGCAAAGAGU